AUGCAGCACAACAAGGAAAUUAUUGAGGACUCUACCACUUUUCCCGAUAAACCAAUCAAGCGCUUAGUCUUGGAUGCCGCUCCUUUGCUCACUCAAGCCCCUAUUCGUGGAAUGGCACAAGAAUUCUACACAACUCCUCACGUUAUACAGGAAUUGAGGGAUGAGAAAUCAAAGAAGCAUCUAGAAAUGCUUGAGAUUCAAGGUGUUCAUAUAAAUGUACAACAACCUGAUCCAAUCAGUUACGCAAAAGUUUCUAGCUUCUCAAAGCUUACUGGUGACUACAGCGUUUUGUCCGGUCCUGAUAUGGGUAUUCUUGCGCUUACAUAUGCACUGGAAGUGAAAGAGAAUGGUACUGUUAGAUUGAGAGACGCACCCGGCAAAUCAACAGCAAAGAAACCUGUACAAAAUCAGAUCACAGACCCUAACUCGCCAUCAACUUCAUCACCAGCAAUAGGUGAUAAGCUGUCUGAAAAAAUACAAAACGUUACUCUAGAUGAGACGCCAAAGGGAAGGCAAGAACAAGAUCAGCAGGAUCCCCGUGCUCAACAACCUCAUCAACAACCCGCUGAGGAAGAAUUCACAACAGUAUCAAAGGGUAUGUCAAUAGCAGCAAAACCACGCCGCAACAAGAACACACAGUCUCAGGAUGACUUUGGAAGUAUACAGGUUGAUGAUAAGAGUGAAGGGGAAGACGAAUCAGAUGAUGAAGAUGCAGGUGACUGGAUCACACCAGAUAACGUAGAAGAUCACAAAGCAGUUGAUCUCGGUCACCAGACAAUUCAAGAGCAGUCGAAGAAGGAUACAUCAAAGAAGCCGCCCGUAUUCCUAAAAGCGGCAUGCAUGACAGCUGAUUUUGCUAUGCAAAAUGUACUCAUACAGAUAGGACUCAAUCUGGUUGGUACAAAUGGACAGAGAAUCAAAAGCGCCAAGAGCUGGGUACUCAGAUGUCAUGCUUGUUUUAAACUCUGCAGAGAUCAGUCAAAAAGGUUCUGCCCCGCUUGUGGUAACAGCACUCUUUUGAGAACGUCAAUAACAACAUAUGCACCUAAAUCAGCAGAUGCUGCACCUGUAGUUAAGGUACACUUGAAGAAGAACUUCCAGUACAAGAAUAGAGGUACCAAGUACUCUAUUCCUGCAUCUAGAGUUGGUAGCUCCAAGACUGGCAGUGGACUGCCGUUGAUAUUGCGAGAGGAUGAUCCAGAUUUCCAAAGAUCGGUGCACGCCGACCAAGUUGCAAAGCGCAAAGAGGAAAAAGCGCUGAUGAGAUCUCUCGAAAAGGGAAAAGCAGGCACCAGUGGUUUUACCGGCCAAUGGAUGGAUCCUGACUGGUUACCAGGAUUGCUUGCGCCUGACGCAAAUGCUAGGCGGACGGGAGGUAGAGGCCCUGCUCGCAUAGGUCAUGGACGGAGGAACCCGAACGAAGUACGCAAGCAGGGCAAGAAAAAGAAGUAG